CUGAUGGAUCUAACACAUCUAGAGUACUUGGACCUGAGCGGAAAUAAUUUUUCUGGGGCCCCCAUUCCGGAGUUCAUAGGGUCUCUCCCACGACUAGAAUAUCUUGACCUCUCAUCGACUUGGUUUCACGGAACCAUCCCUCGUCAGCUUGGAAAUCUUUCCAGCUUGCAAGCGCUUAUUAUUGACUAUAGUUAUGAUCCUUCAUCUUUUAUCCUGCGUGUUGAUGACCUUCACUGGCUCUCUCGGCUGACCUCUUUAUACUACCUUCGUCUGAGUGCGGUCGACCUGUCGAAAGCGGUCGACUGGAUUUAUGACGUUAGCAAGCUCCCGAACCUUUCUACUCUAGAGUUGGAGUACGCUGGACUUUUAAACCUCCCCGCUGGUGUUACCUCCGUCGGCAAUUUCACGCUUCUCAGCAGGAUUAGUUUUUUUGGGAACCAGUUCAAUUCUACCAUUCCUAGCUGGCUACUUAAUAAUAUUAGUGGUCUUGUGGAUCUUUCUAUUGGCAAUUCUGGACUCCAUGGCGGGUUACCGCUAACUUCUGGCCAUCUAAUCAAUUUGCAAAGUUUGGAUUUAGGCCGGAACAAAUUUGGUGCAGAGAUAUGGAGGCAUUUCGAUAGCCUUCCUUAUUUGAAAACUGUAGAUUUGGCUUUCAAUGUUAUCGACGGCCCCAUUCCAGAUUCUCUGUGGAACCUUACGCGCUUGAGAAGUAUCAAACUGGAUGAAAACCAGAUCCCGGGGGGUCUUCCGAAAACAUUGGGAAAUCUUAGCCAACUCCAGGGUUUCUUCGUUUCGGGUAACAGGUUAAGUGGGGAGAUACCAGAGAGCAUAGGGAACCUACGCAACUUGACUGAUUUGUAUCUGGCCAACAACAAAAUCAGGGGAAGGAUACCGGACUCCAUCGGGAACCUUGCGAAUUUGCAGAGCUUUGAUAUAUCGACAAAUUUGAUAACCGGAGAGAUUCCACGCUCAUUAUUCAAUAUCAGCCGUCUUCAGCAACUGACCAUGUCGAACAACAAUAUCAACGGAUACAUACCAAACACUGUCUCCGACCUCUAUGAAUUGAGUCUCUUAGAUUUGUCGGGUAACAGGUUAACUGGUCCUAUGUUCUUUUGCAAUCUAAGCUCACUGGCAUACCUUGAUCUCUCCAACAACAACCUAUACGGAACACUCCCUAGGUUCGAGAACAAGUCGUCGCAGCUGGUAAUUCUUAAUUUAUCUAACAACAGUUUAUCAGGGUACAUACCUGACUUAUUUGGAUCUCUUCCUUAUCUUGGGUCGCUGCACUUGGGAAGCAACCAUCUUUCUGGCAAAAUACCCGAGUCUUUGAAGCACUGCCAGCAGCUGGUUACUCUUGAUCUCCAUGAGAACAGAUUAUCUGGCAACAUACCAACAUGGAUAGGAGAGAGCCUUUCACGUCUGGGGAUUCUUAGUUUGCGAUCGAAUCAGUUAAGUGGUCUUAUUCCGAUGCAGCUAUCAUAUCUUACAUCUCUUCAGAUCUUGGAUCUUUCACUGAAUAAUCUCACAGGCAGCUUGUCGCUUCAUUUCGAAAAUUUUAGCUCCAUGGCUAUGGCACACCUUGGAGUAGAAGACAGGUUUUUUGUUUUCCAUAAUAACCUUCUGUAUGUAGAGAAUCUUCAGCUAGUUACCAAAGGGGUUGCUUCUGACUACACCUCUGUGUUAUCAUCCGUGAAUAUUAUAGACUUAUCUAGCAACGGUCUUUCGGGAGAGAUUCCAGAUUCACUGACACAACUUCAUGAACUAGUUUUCUUGAAUUUGUCGCGGAAUCACUUUACAGGAAGUAUUCCAAAGAACAUUGGUGCUAUGACACAGCUGCAGGCCCUUGAUCUAUCGACAAACAAUCUUUCGGGCACAAUUCCUCCCAACAUGUCAGCACUGCAUUUUUUAGGUCGUUUGAACUUCUCCAAUAAUGACUUGUCUGGAGAAAUUCCACAAGUAACUCAGUUUUCAACCUUCAAUGCCUCUGAUUUUAGUGGCAAUCGAGGCCUUUGUGGAUGGCCGCUACCAAAGUGCCCUGGUAAUGCACCUAAUAGAAAUGGCCAAGAAGAGGAAGAGGAUGAUGACAAGUAUGAGAUCGUGUGGAUUUAUGGUGGUGCUGCAAUUGGGUUUCUGAUUAGCUUCUGGGCAGCCUUCGGUACGAUAAUGAUCAAACAGUCGAUAAGGAUUCUGGUCUUUCGCGCUGUUGAUGAUUUUAGUGAUUGGAUCUAUGUGAAAUUUGCACUGAGCAUUGCGAGGCUGAAGUCCAGAAUGUGGAGGAUGGGAGAACAAUGAAGGAAAUAUAAGUAUUAAGCCAAAACAAGCACUUCCGGUGCUCACCAAGGACUCGUCGUGAGCAGAAUGAGGAUACCAUGCUGGAAGAGUGUUGUGGCAGAGAGACCAACAAACAAGGACCAUGUUAGGAUCUUUUAUAUCAUGGAGUUCGGAAGUUUUUAGUCUCUUUUUGGUGUUCAUUGUUGGGCAUCUAAUGCCAUGGUA